GUACUUAUUCAUUUGGUAAAGAAAUGGGUUGUUCGACAGGGGUAUUCUGUUGUAAAUGUCGUUACGUAAUUGCUACAAUGGGAUUCAUCAAUCUAAUUCUGAUAUACAUGAUGAGAGUUGAUUUAAAUGUUACAAUACUUGCCAUGGUCAAUGAUACGAUUGACAAAACCGACACAAAUCACUCGUCAUUUUUUUGUUCUAACUUUUCUAAUCACACGUAUCCUGAGAAAACUGAGAUUAACACGGGGGAAUUCAAUUGGAAUAGACUGACUCAAGGUUUGAUAUUAGGAGCAUUUUUCUGGGGCUAUAUUUUAACUCAAAUCCCAGGUGGAAUAUUAGCGUUUCGUUUUGGUCCUAAAUGGGUUAUUUUUUCUAGUUUAUUUGGAUGUGCUAUCACGGAAUUUUGUGUACCAACCGCAGCACGUAUUCGUGCUGAAUUAUUAAUCACUUUACGUGUGAUACAAGGUCUUCUUCAGGGUGUAGUGAUGCCGAAUACAGGGUGUUUAGUUGGAAAUUGGUCGCCACCAAGUGAAAAAAGUCGAUUUACCACAUUCGUUUUCUCAGGUUUAGUAUUUGGCGCUGUUAUUGGUCAAUCAUUGGCUGGUGUAAUUUCACAACCAAGAUUAAUUCAUGCUACCAAUUUAACAGCUCCAACUUAUAUUUCUUAUUGGCCUUAUGUUCAUUAUAUUUAUGGUGUAACCGCUGUAAUAUUCUCUGGAAUUUGGGCCACUUUAGUAUUUAAUAAUCCUAAUCAACAUCCAUGGAUAAGUUCAACUGAGAAACAAUAUAUUUUAUCAGCAUCAAUAAAUAAUUAUUCUGAAAAUGAUAACAAGUCAGGAAAAAUGACAAGUAGUGUCGUGAAUUCAACAGAUUUGAGAAGUUUAGAUAAUAUUUCAGUUGAAACGAGAGUUUUACAUAAAAAACCAGUUCCAUGGCGUCAAAUAUUUAAGUCAGCUCCAGUUUGGUCAAUUAUAAUUUGUCAUGUUUGUUUUAAUUGGUCUUUCUAUUCGUUAAUUACAUCUAUGCCUACUUAUAUGUGUCGUGUCCUAGGAUUCAGUAUGACCGAAAAUGGUCUCUUAUCAUCUAUUCCGUAUAUUGCACAAUCGAUUGUUGGUUUAUUUGCCGCCUAUCUGUCAGAUUUUGUAAUCGCUAAACGAUUUUUAUCUACCACUUCAGUACGUAAAUUAAAUAAUGUUAUAGCAUUGGGUGGCCUUGGUUUAAGUCUAAUAUGUGUCAGUUUAGUUGGAUGUAAUCGGAUGGCCGCUAUUGUUUUAUUCUCUGUUGCAAUUGGUUUAAUGGGAUUUUCUUUGGCUGGUUAUGGAUCGAAUGCUUUGGAUUUAGCCCCAAUUUACAAUGGCAAUAUAAUUUCAGUAACCAAUACUGCUGCUACUCUACCAGGUAUCUUUGGUCCACUAUUAAUCGGUUAUAUAACAAGAAAUAGUGUAAGUGUAUUUAUCACCCUUUUUUAUUAAAAAAAAGAAUUCAAUAUUUGUUAUUUUUAUGUUGAACCUAGUUCCGGCUUGUGUAUCGAGAUUUUAGAAAAACAUGAUUCGUAUAGUCUAAAUAUGGUACUACCCAGUUCCUUGUGUAAAGUAUCAGGUUGUGUGAUCUCAAACUAAUAAGUCAGUCAUUUUACUAAAAGCACAUUAUUUAAACUAAGGUGUAUUUUAGCUCCACUGUACUUUUGAUUCAUUUUACUUAGAUAAGAGGUAAAGGCCCGAUCAUUACUAUUAAAAAAAUACAGUGUAGUAAUCACUAACAUCAUUUUCAUUCCCUGUUAUAUAACAGUGAUAUCGGAUUAAUUAACAAGGACAAAUCAAAUUUAUGCAGAAAACGAGUUCAGAGUGUUAUCGAGUAAAAGAAUUAUUUAUCUAACCAAGUAUCACCAUCUAUACUUACUGUAGUCAUUUUUAAAACUUGAAAAGUAUGCAUUAACUGUAAAUAUUGUUAUUGUUAGACUUUUGACAGUCAUGAUCGUUCCCUUCUAUCUAACUGAUUGUUCAAAAGUUAGGAAAAUGAUAAUAACUGUAACAGCUCACAGUACAUAACAGAUAUAGUGUACACUGGAAAUCCAAAGUAUAGUGGUGAAUCAGUGGUUAAGGCAUUCACUGUUCAGUCACAGUCUCAGGUUCGAACUCGGCUCCGUCUACUUCUGUUCGGGAAACUGGGUAGUAUAACUAACAUUCACAUGUAAAGUGUAGUUUCAAACCAACUAUACAAACUUGCACUUGCAGAUGAAUUACCAAUAACUAUAGUAUGAAUUUGAGUAAUCAUCAGUUCACACUGGUACAGUUUUCAGUCAGAGUUUAAUAUUAGUAAAAUAUUAAUAAUGGGACUGAUAAUGUAAUUGCAUAUACUAACAUGUCAUCUUUAGGUUUAAUUACCAUUUAAGCUACCUCAUCCUUGAUGAAAGGACUAAUUUCUGUUGAAAAAGUAAUAUUUGCUUCCCUAUGUAUAGAAGUAUUAAAUAAAUGGAGAUUGAAUUAUUGUUUCUCAUUAGUCUAUUGCUGCUCAGAAACUUCCACUCAUCAUGACUUGAUGCCAUUACCGAAACAAUUAACAUCAGGUCUUACAAUGAACAUGAUAUCAUGGAAUGAUUUGAUCUAAAAUAGCGCAUAACUUUCAUUCCACUUAAUGUAUGACAUAACAUCAUAACUGUAUUCAUGUCACUUGUCAAUAACUGCUUCAUUCUCAAAAUGAUUAGAUAUUUCCAUCUAGUAGAAAUUUGAAAAUUUAUAUCGAAACUAAAGAAUAACACGAACUUACUACAGUUAGAUAUAUGAAUUAUGACUCGACAAUCUAAAUGGUAACGCACUCGUAUAAGUAUCUUUUACGAUCCAUUAGAAUUCCUCAGGCAAACACUUCUAAAAACUCCCUAAUUAGAACUAAAAUGAUAUCCAGUUCCAUUGAAUUUUUAGUAAUUUCCAAAAUGAUAUCAAUGUAUAAUAUCAGCGUAAAGUUAUUUGAUCUCUUAUCGAUUUUUAUACUUCACUUGUUGAUCAUCAAUGCUUUAAUCACUCCGUUGUUAAGGAUUGUAAAAGUUUAUUUGAUUGAUCGUUUAUUAUACAUUUUCCAUUAUUGUUCGCUCGUCUUCUUCUUCUUCUUCUUCUUCUUCUUUCUUCUCUCUCUACCAUAGUCAAGCAUUCAAAAUUGGAUGAUUGUUUUCGGUAUAGCUGCAGGAAUAGCAUGGUUUGGUGCAUUAAUGAAUUUAUGGUUGACAAGCGGUGAAAUUCAACCAUGGGGUCGAUUAACUUACAAGAAAAAUACUAAUACUACUAAUAAUAAUUCAAUGACUACUGGUAAUGGUGAACCAAAAUUUCCAAAUAUUAUAACCAAUCACAAUGAUGAUCAAUAAUAUCAACCAAUUCCAUACUAAAUAUUAUCUAUUAAAAGCAUUCUCAAUCAUAUUGUUUCUCUUCAAAUUAUAUUCAAUUCUAAUUAUAUUUUGAAUGAUUAAUGUGAAAGAAUGAUUCUUGAAAGAUGAUGAUGAAGAAGAAGGAGAAGGACAAAUAUGAUCACGAUUAGUCUUCCAGUUUUCUCUUUUGUCUUUUCAAAACUAUUCUCAAUUUUGUGAAAAAUUUAAUCAUUUGAAAUUUGGAAAGUUUUUUUUUAAAUAAAUUUUCUUUUCUGUAAUUCUUUCUUUCUUUCGUUAUAUUCUAAUGACCUAGUUACAUGUACAUAAAUCCCGUUACAAAUACAAUAUUACUUAGUUAUUAUGAUUAUUCUUCUUCUUCUUCACUUAGUGAUUAUUCAAAUGAUGAAAGAUUGUUGUUGAAUACAUUCAUUGUAACCAAUGAUGACAUGUUUGUUUGUAUCCCUAUUUGUCUGAUUGUUUUCUUGAGACAGUGGAAAAGAUUUGUAGCUUAGAAGGAUGAUUUUGGUGUAGUAUUUUUAUUUUAUUUUUUUAAAUCAUGAUUCAUUUGAAUCUAUUGAAGUGAAAUAAUAACAAUAAUAAACAUCUAUUUACAUUAGAAUACUUAUUGUUUACAAACAGUUAUGUAUUUGUAUAUUGAGUAACUAUUUUUUUUAUAUUAAUCAAGUUGAUUUAUUCUUUUUCAGCUGAUCACAAUUUUGUUCUUUUUUUUUAAAAAUAUUUGGUUGUUUUUUAUAUAAUUAUUUCUUGAAUUCCUAUAGUUUCCAUUCAUUUCUAUACUUGUGAUUAUUUACCAUGAAUUGGCUAUUUUUGAAUAAACAAAAAAUUUCGUUUGCUG